CAGCUACUGACUCCACAGCAAAGGUUUCAAUCAGUGCUGGGACUUCAACAAAAGAUGCUGGAACUAUCACCAUGAUGGCAACAAACACUGGUGAAACAAGUUUGUAUAUAACAAAACGUAGCACUACAUCCACUACUGGGAAGUCAACAGAAGAUGCUUUGACUAGUGGGAUGACAACAACAGCAACAGAUUCCUCACCUCGUGUUCUGACAGCAACAAUAGAUACAGUUAAUGGUGCGACAACAUCAGCAACAGGGGUUCCAACUGGCACAAUGACAGCAUCUCCUGAUGGGGGAACUACCACUGGGACAACAACGGCAUUUCCUAAAACCAAUGCUGGAACAAUAACACCACUCAUUGCAACUCACAGUGGGGUGUCAACAACAUCUGCUACAACAAGCAGUGAGACUAUGACAAAUGCUAAAACCAGUGUUAGCACUGCAGCUAAGCAGACUUCAACUAGUACCAGGACAGAAACAACCAAUACCGCACCCAGUCCUAUUACGUCACAACCAGAGUCUACUGCAACAAGGUCUAGAGCUUCAACACUGGAAUCCACAACAAUCUCUAAGAAAGAGACAGCAGAUGUUUCGACUAGCUUUGUCACACAGACAACAAACACUCUCACUGGUUCUGAAAUAUCAACAUUUGGUGGAAAAACCACCUUAGGGUCAGCAACAGCCAACACUGGAAAAACUUCACAGAGGACAACAACUGAUUCUGCAACCACUGCUGGAAAAUCAACUGAUGAUUCCAUGACCUCUGUUGGAACAACAGACAUGACUGCUGCAGCUACUGACUCCACAGCAAAGGUUUCAAUCAGUGCUGGGACUUCAACAAAAGAUGCUGGAACUAUCACCAUGAUGGCAACAAACACUGGUGAAACAAGUUUGUAUAUAACAAAACGUAGCACUACAUCCACUACUGUGAAGUCAACAGAAGAUGCUUUGACCAGUGGGAUGACAACAACAGCAACAGAUUCCUCACCUCGUGUUCUGACAGCAACAAUAGAUACAGUUAAUGGUGCAACAACAUAAGC